GAGCUUUACAUUGAUUCGUCCAUGGAAGCUACGGCACCACUCUUUCCAAACCAAUAGGAAUACAGAAAAGUAACACGUGUGGGAGAGAGGGCGGUCCUAUCAGGAGGAACGUGCCACAGGUCAGGAUGUGAUUGUGCUUCUAGGUAACGCAGAACCUGCUGAGGUUCCUCUACAGACGUGUCCAGGAUGAGCCGUUUUCUCGCUGUGCUGCGCAGUUGGUUGAUGAUGGUUUCCAUUAUUGCAGCGGGAAACACCCUGCAGAGCUUCCGGGACCACAGUUUCCUGAGUGACAAGCUGUAUACGGGGAGGCCGAGCCAAGUGAAUGGUCUGCAGGCUCGUACGUUUGGGAUCUGGACAUUGCUUUCCUCUCUGAUUCGCUGUGCCUGCGCUAUUGAUAUUCAGAAUAAGACGCUCUAUCACAUCACCCUGUGCACUUUCAUCAUGGCACUAGCGCACUUUGUGUCUGAGGUAUGGAUCUACCACACCGCACUGAUGACGAUCGGAGUCAUGGCACCGUUGAUGGUUGCAAGCUUCUCCAUCCUUGGCAUGCUGAUAGGGUACCAGUAUCUGGAGGCCGUGCAGGAGCCCCCGACUUCCACUAAUAAAAAGAGGAACUGAUGGGACCCCUGGGGAAAGAUGGACACAGCACAUGAGCUUAAGAAUCCAAUUGAAACGUGACGCUCGUUACACCCCGGUCCAGCGGUCUCAUGCUCCGGAAUAUGUCACAGAAGGACCAUUAAAUAAUAAGACACCAUUCUCUGCUUCUUUUCACUACAAGGUUUUUAUUUUAAAUAAAACAGAAAAAAAAAAAGCAAAA